UCUUUUUUCGCCUUCGACUUUUUCUUUCCCUUCCCGCCCCCGUCGCGACUUAUUUUUUUUUCCACUUCUUCUCUUUAUCUAUCACCCCCUUCCUCAUCUCUCUUUUCCCUCUCUCUUUGGACUUUCUUUCAGUCCUUUGUCGUCUUUUUCUUCUACUACAGAAGAAACGUUCUCACAUCCGCUUCUUCUUUCUAUCCUCAUUCUUUUGAGUCCUUUAUUUUCUUCCGUUUCGUGAUCUUACACCGGAAAAAAAAGGCUUUACCAUGUCUUACAACGGCGGUUAUCAGCGCGAUCAGCGCGACUCUUACCGGUGAGUGAUCUUCAUCCUAGAAGAUGAACGAUGUUGGAGUCCUGUCAACUAGUCGGUCCUACGACGGUGUUUUUGAGGUUACCAUCCUUGUAUCCCAGUCGCAGGGUAGCGAUGGAGUACACAACUCUUGCUUAGGAUGACGCCUCCAAAAUAUACCCACCUAUAAUGGGAAAUGUUUACUAACAUUGGGUUUUAUGAUCUAGCUCCAGAAACGGCGGUGGUGGCGGAUACUCAAAUGGCUACUCUGGCUCGAACGGCUACGGAGGUGGUAGCUACGGCGGUGGCUACGGUGGCGGCUAUGGCGGAAGAGGUGGUGCUGGUGGACCUGGUGGUGGUGACCGCAUGUCCAACUUGGGCUCUGGCUUAAAGAAGCAAGAGUGGGAUUUGGAUGCACUGCCCAAGUUCGAAAAGUCUUUCUACAAGGAACACCCUGAUGUCGCCGAGCGCUCUCAGCGCGAUGUUGAUGAUUUCCGUAAGAAGCACGAGAUGGCCGUUCAAGGGAAGAACGUCCCCCGUCCCGUUGAGACCUUCGACGAGGCUGGUUUCCCCCAAUAUGUGUUGAGCGAGGUCAAGGCUCAGGGGUUUGAGCGCCCCACUGCCAUUCAGUCUCAGGGAUGGCCCAUGGCGCUCUCCGGUCGCGACGUCGUUGGUAUCGCCGAGACCGGUUCCGGAAAGACUCUGACCUACUGUCUUCCGGCCAUCGUUCACAUCAACGCUCAGCCUCUUCUGGCUCCCGGCGAUGGUCCCAUCGUCCUCGUCCUCGCUCCUACCCGUGAAUUGGCUGUUCAGAUCCAGGCCGAAAUCACAAAGUUUGGAAAGUCUUCUCGCAUUCGCAACACUUGUGUCUACGGUGGUGUCCCCAAGGGACCCCAGAUCCGUGACUUGAGCCGUGGUGUCGAGGUUUGCAUUGCCACUCCCGGUCGUCUCAUCGACAUGCUCGAGGCCGGCCGGACCAACCUCCGCCGUGUCACCUACCUGGUUCUCGACGAGGCCGAUCGCAUGCUCGACAUGGGUUUCGAACCACAGAUCCGCAAGAUUAUCUCCCAGAUUCGCCCCGACCGUCAGACUUGCAUGUGGUCCGCCACUUGGCCCAAGGAAGUGCGUCAGCUUGCAUCUGAUUUCCUCAACGACUACAUCCAAGUCAACAUCGGUUCGAUGGACUUGUCUGCUAACCACCGUAUUACUCAAAUUGUCGAGGUUGUGUCGGACUUCGAGAAGCGCGAUAAGAUGAUCAAGCAUCUGGAGAAGAUCAUGGAGAACCGCGCCAACAAAUGUCUUAUUUUCACCGGUACGAAGCGUAUCGCGGACGAAAUCACUCGCUUCCUCCGCCAGGAUGGAUGGCCCGCACUUUCCAUUCACGGCGACAAGCAACAACAAGAGAGAGAUUGGGUCUUGAACGAGUUCAAGGCAGGCAAGAGCCCAAUCAUGGUGGCCACUGAUGUGGCUUCCCGUGGUAUCGGUAUGAUGAAAUUGCGAUUUAUCCCCUUCCCCUCUCCUUUCCCGCUUCCUUCUAAAGCACCCUCACCCGUCUUGAGGUUGUGUGACCAUGGCAGGUGCUUAACUCUCUUCCAACAUAUGUUGGCGUAUAUGCCUCGUCCAGGCUUUUGUCGGGUCUCCUGAAAUGGUUCUCAUGCCAGGAGGACCUUGGACUCACAGUGCAGUGUAGCAGACGUAUUAUUUCUUCUGUUCUGAUUCCCCAUCUCUUCUCGGUAGAGAGACGGGGUUUCUUUUUUCUCCUGUUUCGACUUGUUGAAACUGCAUUCCAAGGUUACUCCAGGACCGCGAUUAUUGCCAUUCCCGGGACUUGUAAACCCGCAACGGAUCUUGACUUGAAAAGUCCGAGAGAGUGAUGCAUCAAGUCUCACACGACUGAUAAAGGGCUCCUAAGCCACGUUGCUAUUUUGACUAAUGCUCUGUUUGCUAACAUAAGUUUGUGUUUGAAGAUGUUCGUGACAUUACUCAUGUGCUGAACUAUGACUAUCCCAACAACUCGGAAGACUAUGUUCACCGUAUCGGUCGAACUGGUCGUGCCGGUGCCAAGGGAACCGCCAUCACUUUCUUCACAACUGACAACUCUAAGCAGGCUCGUGACUUGGUCACUAUCCUUACUGAGGCUAAGCAGCAGAUUGACCCCCGUCUCGCCGAGAUGGUCCGCUACAGCGGUGGCGGCGGCGGCGGCCGUGGUGGUUAUGGCCGCUGGGGUGGU